AUGGCUCUAUCCGCAAAAAAGUACCCACAUGGCCUGAAAAUUGCAGUCACCGUGAUUCUUAUGUCUUCUCUCUCAUUUUUGCCUUCCAAAUCAGUUGGUACUAUGCAGUUGUCAAGUGACAGUAAGAACCAACAGCAAAGGAAAAUGGUGUUAGGUUCAAGGCCUCCUGUUUGUGAAAACAAGUGCAUGAGUUGCAGGCCUUGCAUGGCGACUCUGGUUAUUCCUCCUCCUCAGGAUAAUAAGAAGAGCUUCAAAGAAUCAUCAUCAUCAUCUCAUCGAGAGGAUGACUAUUAUUAUCUCCUCUCAUGGAAAUGCAAAUGUGGAGAUAAGCUCUACCAACCUUAA